CUUGUGUUGCCUGUGCGGAAAUACUGACGUGUUCACACUCCAUUCACUCCGGAGGGGCCAGUGCAGCGAGGCUAGUCCGAGCCGGGGUAGUGACACAGCGGCCGCAUCAGAAUGUCAGAAGGGGACAGUGCUGGGGAGUCAAUCCAUGGAAAACCAUCGGUAAUCGCAGUCUUUUUUACACGGAUUGGACAGAUCUAUCAGUCAUGGCUGGACAAGUCGACGCCGUUCUACGCAGUGAGAUGGGCUGCGACUUUACUACUGACAGCUAUCUACAUGAUCAGAGUGUACAUACUACAGGGUUGGUAUAUAGUAACUUAUGCUUUGGGAAUCUACCAUCUCAACCUCUUCAUUGCUUUCCUAUCGCCAAAAGUGGACCCAUCGCUGCUUGAUGAAGAUGACGGUCCAGCUCUUCCGACCAAGCAGAAUGAGGAAUUUCGUCCAUUCAUCAGGAGGUUACCGGAGUUCAAAUUCUGGCAUUCGGCGACAAAAGGCAUCGUCAUCGCCAUGAUUUGUACAUUUUUCGAGGCCUUCAACGUGCCCGUGUUUUGGCCUAUUCUGGUCAUGUACUUCAUCAUGCUCUUCUGCAUCACUAUGAAGAGGCAGAUCAAGCACAUGAUCAAGUACAGAUACCUACCGUUCACACAUGGGAAGAGGACGUACAAAGGCAAGGAAGACACAGGGAAAACAUUUGCUAGCUAAAAACCCACUCCCCUCCAAACCAUGGGCUCAGAUAGUGGCGUUCUGAAGGAUUACUUUAUUUUCUAACUGGGCAGUGAAAGCAUCCGAGCAGUAUCGAUUCUUUAUAAACGAGGGGUAGACGUUUUAGUAAAAAAUAUAUAUUGCCUUUUCGAUUCAAAGGUAGAUUUUUUUUGUUUUUUGUUUUUGUUUGUUUUUUCCGGACUGUUUAUGUCUGUUAGUGCGACUCAGUACUGCCCCCUAUGCCUUUUUUUUAAACUUUCGGGGUGGUAUGAAGUCUUGUUAAAAUUGCCGAAUCCUAUGUCAGACUUCCAAAAUUCCAAUUAUUGUCUCCCAUUGGAAAUAAUCUGAAAAUUUAUUUACUGUAAUGCAACUUUUGUAACAUUAAAUAUUUAAACCACUAGUGUAGAGUAACAUCAUUUAGCAGUUUUAAGACUAUUUUUAAAUUUUCUGUCUUUUUCUGUCUGAUUCGAUCUCCUUGUAAAAACAUAUCGCCUGAAAAUUUAAAGAUAAAAAGUUAAUUAUAAAACUGAGAAAAUUGUAUAUCCCAUCACCAUUUUUAUAAAUAUUUGAAUUUGGAUAAAACUGAAAAUAUGGGGUGAUAUUUUUUUUUGCAAACUGUAUUUCUCAGUUUGUAAUGCAGUGGGCCAGUUUCAUAAGAUAAAAAAAUUGUUUGUUUAUUUAAUUUUUGACCAUUUGUAAUAAUGUUCAAUAAAUACAAUAAAAUGUUUUCUUAAAAAAAAAAAAAUCUGGAAUAUUUUAAUAUUUAGUAUUUUCAUUUGGAAGUAAAAAAAAAAAUAAAAAUCAACAACAGGAUUUGAUUUUUUAUUUUAUUUUUUUCCCCCUGUAACUUUACACCUUAAUUUUUUUUUUUUUUUUUUUUUCCAAUUUAAAAUCUAACUUAAAAAUGUGUAUGAAACAUAAAUCCAGGUUGAAAAAAAAUCUCUAAAUUCUAUUAGGUCUUAUGAAACUGGCCUUAAUGCAUAUCUUUGGGAAUAAGCUACAAUCAGCAGAUAAUUCAACAGAAUUUCGGAUCUAAUUUCACUCUUCUGCCCUCUGCUGUUCAUCUUUAGUCACUGCGCUCAUAAAUCCCAGCUGUAGGUUUUGUCAGUGAUCAUGUAGGGCUGCAUUAGAAACCGGCUUUUUAUAGUGCUUUCUUUACGUUUAAAUCAGGAACUUUGUCUCAAAUUAAAACAUUGGAGAGAGCCAGGUAAUUAUAAACAAUAUAAACAAUAUGAAAUACAGUAGAUUAUGUCAGUGGACCACUUUUUUUUCCAAAAUAUCUGAUGCAGCCCUAUUGGAAAAAAAUUGGUUUCUUGAUCCUACACAAUUGGCCCUUUUUUUGUAUCGAUACUUAUGAUUUUGGGAGGGUGUUCUGCUUAAAAUGUAAUGUUUAAAGGUCCCGCAUUAUGCUUUAUUCUGAUCUAUGUUAUAAUGUUGUUUCCUCAUCACAAAAUAUACGUGGAGUUGUGUUUUGUUUCACAUGUUCAACACAAAAAUCCACACCUUCACUAGAAUAAUUUGGAUAAUUUCAGCCCUGGAAUUGCAAAUCUCUACUGAACUAAAGGUAAAAAUUUAGAUAUUCAUUUGAAAAGUACCACUUGAUGACUUCACAAGGAGGACCAAAGCGUUUUGAUCUUGAGUAAUCCUUUAUUAUUAGUCUAUCUACGUCUCUAAACAUGUGCGAAUGAAACAAAACACAACUAUGCCUAUGUUUUUGAGGAGGUAACAACAUUCUCACAUGGCUUAUCUCACUUAACUCUGUCCAUUUUGUGUAAUAUAGGACCUUUUUAAUGACUACCAGUAUUAUAUUUCAAGAAACAUUUUGCCCAUUUUACAAAAUCUUAGUCUGAAAUCAUUAGCUGCUUUCAAAACCGCGAAUUCUAGUCAUUCCAAGCAAACUUUUGUUCUUUCUUUUGCAGAGGAGACAUAAGAAAACAGAAAAUUGGGUGCAGAUCACAGCUCCUCUAUUGAUUAUACUGAUUUUGAUUUUACUGAUUUUGAUUUUACGGAUUUGAUUUUUCAAUUUUAUUUUUGGGGACUUGUCUCUGCUUCAUUCUGAUUGUGACUGUCGAAAAGGGAGCAGCCCGUGAACUGGAGGAUGUGUACAUACGUAUAUAAUAUAUAUUUUAAAGUAUGAUUUUUGUUCGAGAUUUCUUUUUUUUUUUUUUUUUCUUUUUUUUUUAUUUCUGGUUUUCCUCCAACCGCCAUACUGAUACUGUUUCCAAUUGUUUGAAUCCAUUUUGUUUGGAGAAAAAAAAAAACUGUUGAAAGCAAAACUCGAUUGGGAUUUGGAUUUGUUCAAUGAAAUGUUUCUCAUGAAUUGCAUGUUGUUUUCUUGUGCUCUAUUUCAAAAGACAAACUUGAUUUUAAUAACUUAAGUGUAAUUUUUCACUCCAAAUGCUAUUAAAGAGGCUGUGUCGCUUCAACAGAACUCAA